UAUGUUGUGUGAGAAUUUAAAAAUGUCUGAGAAUUUUGUAGAGAAAUACCCAGAUAGAGUGUAAAUCUUAAUAAUAACUAGUCCUAUAUUAUUAUAGAUUAGUCAAAGAUCUAGACUUAGAUUUUAAGACGGAACAUCUAUUAAAAAAUAUUUAGUAAGCAAAUCUGAUCAUUUUUAUCAUUUUCUUUAAGUAAUUCGAGAAACCCUUCAUUUAUAAAAAUAAGAAAGUCUCUAUUUAUUCAUUAAUAAUUCUGGUUUAAUCAAAGCAGGUAAAAAUUUAUAUUUCAUUUUAGAAAGUUAAGUUGAUGAAAUUUACUAGAAAUUUAAAAGUUCUGAUGGCUUUCUUAGAAUUAAUUUAACAGAGUAUCCUUCUUUUGGAAAUUUUUGA